AGUAAGUAUAGGCUUAGUGCGUAAAUCACAAAUUGCUGUGGGGUACCUCAUUUCCGGCAGGACCAUUUCGAGCUAAAUAAAAGGUCUCCCUGUCCCUUUGCUCCUCACUCAACUGCACCUCUCAGUCAGCGCGGUCUUCAGUGCUUCCAGCUCCAACCACACUACGUCAACAUGUGCUCCACCGGAUGCUGCCCCAUUGUGAAGAGCAAGACCGUGUGCUGCAGCCAGCCAUGCCAGAGCGUCUGCUGCGACCCGUGCCAGAAGAAGACUGUCUGCUGCAGCCCAUGCCAGCAGUCCAUCUGCUGCGACCCGUGCCAGCAGUCCUGCUGUGACCCGUGUCAGAAACGGUGCUGUGACCCGUGCCAGCAGUCCUGCUGUGACCCAUGCCAGAAACAGUGCUGUGACCCAUGCCAGCAGUCCUGCUGUGACCCGUGUCAGAAACAGUGCUGUGACCCGUGCCAGCAGUCCUGCUGUGACCCAUGCCAGCAGUCCUGUUGUGACCCGUGCCAGAAACAGUGCUGUGACCCGUGCCAGCAGUCCUGCUGUGACCCAUGCCAGAAACAGUGCUGUGACCCAUGUCAGCAGUCCUGCUGUGACCCGUGCCAGAAGACGUGUUGUGACCCGUGUCAGCAAUCCUGCUGUGACCCAUGCCAGCAAUCCUGCUGUAACCCAUGUCAGCAGUCCUGUUGUAACCCAUGCCAGCAGUCCUGCUGUAACCCAUGCCAGCAGUCCUGUUGUGACCCAUGCCAGCAAUCCAGCUGUUGUGACCCGUGCCAGCAGUCCUGCUGUGACCCAUGCCAGCAAUCCAGCUGCUGUGACCCAUGCCAGCAGUCCUGCUGUGACCCGUGCCAGCGGUCCGUCUGCUGUACCAAGGUGUGCCAGCAGUCCUGUUGCGUGCAACCUUGUUGCCGCUGUGGCUGCUGCCCCUGCUGCUGCUCUGGACGUCUGUCUUGCUGCUCCUACAUGGUGAAGAAACCUGUGGUGGUGUGUUGCAGCCCCGUGCAGUACUGCUCUCCGCUGAGGAAGUGUUCCAUACCGAUCCAGCAGUGCUGCGCCUCCAUCAAGAAGUCUUGCUGAGCCAGCUCCGGGUGGCAACAUCAGCUCUGCUGGCCCCCAUCUCUGGCGUGCAACAAGAGCAGGCACGAGGAGGUGAAAACCUGCUCAUUGACUUCUGGUUCACGUGGUGGUGGAGUAAAUGUCUAGCGAUUUUCUUCUUGUUUUCAAAAUUCUUCUUUCUGUCCUUCAAUUAUCGAACAUCUGCAAUGUGCUUGAAUAUUUUAUCCACUGUGUAAGACAUGUAUUAGAUAUUAGUGUGGCUGUUCAUUCUCUUCUUGGGUAUGGGACUUGAGAUACCUUUGCAGUUAAUGUGAUCAUUCUUCAUUUUCCCUCUUGACUUGUAGACAAUAAAACCUAGCAUUGAGCAAAACGCAAAA